GGUGGAGCAAGCAGAUGCAACUAGUCAGAUAAAAAGGUGUUUGGAGCGGUGGAGCGACUAUUUGAGACCGGCAAAAGGGGCGACAUGCUGCCGUGCACCGGGACCAUGCAGAGCUCCAGGCUGCUCAGCGGGGCGCUCCUGUGCGCACUGCUGCUGCUCUCCAGCGCCGCUGGAGCCGAAGUGUUGGACUCCGAGUCCGAGGAGGAGCUGAGCCCCAGAGCCCUGCGCGACUUCUACCCCAAAGGUCCGAACCUGACCAGCGAGAAGCAGCUGCUCGGAGCUCUCCAAGAAGUUUUGGAAAAGCUGCAGGCUAAACGGCUGCCGUUAUGGGAAAAGAAAUUUGGCCAAGUCCCAACGUGUGACAUCGGGGAGCAGUGCGCCGUGCGGAAAGGCGCUCGAAUCGGCAAGAUGUGCGACUGUCCCCGGGGAGCUUUCUGCAACUUCUUCCUGCUGAAGUGCUUAUGAGCCUCUCCGGAUCUGAAUGUAGCACUGAGACAGAGGGAAAACAAAUUCGCACUCUAUUUCUCUGUAAUUACUAUCAUAUUUUUUAUGAUGCCGUUGAGGAGCAGGUGGCUGUCCAACCCUUACAAAAAAGAGUAUUGUGUGAUAUGUAUAUAUUUUCAAAGUAUAUAUUAUCAAAGAAAAAUCCUAUAAAGAGUCUGUGUAAGGAUGAUGGCGAUGGAUUGAAGAUGAGCCACAAAGUACCAUAAAGCUCCUGUAAAUACUCCCAACCACUUUAUGUCAGUAGGAAAAGCACAGGAUGCGUGUUGUGAUGUAGGAGUUAAGGCAUAACCCACCCUGCACAAUUAACCCACCCGAGGACCACAUACACGCUGUAAAGUCUCAGCAGCAAUAUUAUGGGAAUACUGUAGUGAUUCUUCACCUGGGCUAGUCCGGUCUGUCUCUCGACCCUGGUCUGUUUUGUUUCAGAUGAAUGUUUUGUGUAUGACUCAUGAUUAUAACAAUAAACUGUGGAUCAUCUUGUUUUGU